AGAAAGGCAAAAUAUGACCAAAAGGGCCACUCUUUUCUUCUCUGUUCUGCUCUGGAACUUCCCCUGCUUUCUUCCCCAAUGUGACACUACUGUCUUCUUUCCUGCUGUAUGUCAUCAAAUCAAAAGCAUAGCCAAAAACACAGAGGGAGAGAAAGAAAGAGAGGGGCAACAAUGGAUAGUUGUGAAGCAGAGAGCAAGAUACCAAGGCUACCACUGUUCAAACCCCCACCAAUGCAUUCUCCAGAGAGACCAGGAAUGCUAACUCCUCCUCUCCAUACCUCAGCAUCAGUCCCAUUUGGAUGGGAAGAAGAGCCUGGAAAGCCAAGGCCUUGUACUGACAUUGUGAGCUUCUCAAACCCAAUGCCUAAGCUCACUCCAAAGUGCUUGGAAUUGCCUCCAAGGUUGCAAGUUGAUGCCAUCAACAUCUCCAAAAUACCCUCACCCACCACUGUCUUGGAGGGGCCUUACAUGGGUAGCAGAAGAGUGAGUGAUGAUUUCUGUGGUUCUUUUGGUGCUGAAAGAGGAAGGCUUGGAACUUUGGUUCUCAAGGAGAAAAGCUGGUUUGGUUCUUGGAGUGAAAAUGCCUUCAAGGUUAAACAUGUCUUUUCAUCUUCUGCAGAUAAUGAUACUGAUCAUGUUGUUGGCAGUGACAAUAAUGUGAGGACGAGAAAGAUGAAACCUUAUGGGAGCUUUUCCAACCCAUUCCAUGCCAAGUCACAUGUCUGGGAAAGGAUCUGUGAGAGGUGGAAGCAAGUGGUUCCAUGGAGGAGUGGAAAGCUGAAGAAGUAUGGGUGUGGGUGGCUCUAGCCUCUAGGAAUGUUCAUUGGUACCGCCACAGUCAGGUCAAAAUCAUGUAUGCAUGAUGCUACUAUCAUACUAUGUACUAUGUUCCCCCUUUUGUCUUUCUUUAUCUUUACGAAAUCAGUAUCACAGAUGGCAUUCAGAAUCAGAACCUGUUGCUUCUGCUGCUACUCAACUGUAAAAGCUUGCAUUGGUAGCUGCUCUAACCUAAUGUUUUAUUAAAAUUAUAAUGACUUAAUUACAUUUUUAGUCUCUAUAUUUCGACAAA